CUCGAGAGGGGAGGGGGUAUAAAUUUCGGGCAAGUGUGGCGCUCUCAUUCGAUGGUGGCCUCGCCUCUCACGGCCAUACGGAGAGAUCACACACGGGAAAGAAAGAGAGUCCAGCAUCAAGCUAAGCCAGCGAGCUAGAGCUUAGCGCCAGUUCUCCAGUACUCUCGAUCGGCGUCUCCCUUUCCGCUCCCUGCCACUGAAUCUCAUCUCCGGCUGCUCGUGCCGGCGGCGGCAAAUGGAGGAGCAGCUGAGCCCGGUGGCCGUGACGCACCUGCUGCAGCACACGCUCCGGAGCCUCUGCACCAGCGACGCCUCGCAGUGGGUCUACGCCGUCUUCUGGCGCAUCCUCCCCCGCAACUACCCUCCCCCCAAAUGGGAUCUCCCAGGUGUGGCGUAUGACAGGACCAGAGGAAACAGGAGGAACUGGAUCCUGGCGUGGGAGGACGGGUUCUGCAACUUCGCGGCCACCACCUCUGCAGCCGCCUGCGGCCAAGAGGGGGCAGGAGCCGCCGCAGCUGCGUACGCGGACUGCGAGGCUGCCGCCGCCGCAGCAGCGCAGGAGGCUAAGCAGGGCCUGGGCCUGGGCCUGCAGCCUGAGCUCUUCUUCAAGAUGUCCCACGACAUCUACAACUACGGCGAAGGGUUGAUAGGGAAAGUGGCGGCGGACCACAGCCACAAGUGGAUCUUCAAGGAGCCCCCGGAGCAGGAGAUCAGCCUCAUCUCCUCCUGGAACAACCCCGCCGACUCCCAACCGAGGACAUGGGAGGCUCAGUUCCAGUCUGGAAUCCAGACCAUCGUGCUGAUCGCCGUCAGGGAGGGCGUCGUGCAGCUCGGCUCCAUGAAAAAGGUGGCGGAGGACCUGAGCUACGUGGUGACGCUGCGCCGCAAGUUCGGGUACCUGGAGAGCAUCCCGGGCGUGCUGCUGCCGCACCCGUCGUCGGCCGGCGUGUUCCCGAUGGCGGACGUGGCCGCCGCGGGCUGGCCGGGCAUGAUGCCGCCGCCGGACAUGUACGUCGACCCCUACGUGCCCGGGCCGGCGCCCAUGCACAUCAUGCCGUCCAUGAGCAGCCUCGAGGCGCUGCUCUCCAAGCUGCCGUCCGUGGUGCCGGCGCCCCCGCAGCCGCCGGGGUCCAUGCCGGGCGUGGCGCCUCCCUCGGACGCCGCGGCCAAGGAGGAGGCUGAGGAGGACUACGCCCACUGCCACGCCAUGGACAUGUCGUCCGUGCCGAGCAACGGCGGCGAGAGCACGAGCACGAGCGCCGCCGCCGCCACCGCCAUGUCGUCCUACUUCCUCGACGUGGGCGGCAAGCCCAGCGAGGCCGGGUUCUAGGCCAUCCAUGGUCGUCGUCGUCGUCGUUAUUCUAGUAGCUAGUGUAAAAUCAAUUAAUCGAUCAUAUUAUUCCCACGAUCAACCAUCCCACGCCAAACGACCAGGGACUAGUUAACCGCAAAUCAUUGGCACAGUGUCUGAUUAUAUCGUCGUACUAGUUCCGUCGGACUUGAUCUGGCCGUACGUACUACUACAAUGUAACAGCUACGAAGUAGCGGUGUGCAUGCAUGAUUGGAUUUGUCCAUCGCAUUUA